CAGCUGAGGAGAGGCUGGCGCAUGCGCAGAGGCGAACGAGGGACCAGAAAGACCAGAAGGACGGCGCAGGGAGGAAGAGGAGGAGGAGGACGCUCAUCGUCGAAAGCUCGGCGCUUGUCUGUCUCACCCCUCGAAGCUCCUCCUUCUGCGCAGCGCUUCUGCUCCUUGCCGCGCUUCUCCCCCCCUGCUUGCGCCACCCGCCCCGAUGAUGGCUGACUCCCGGCGGCCCCUGUUUGCGCAUGCCUGGGAGGAGGAGGAGUGCCUGGAGUACUACGGGAUGAUCCCCCUGCACCGCAUGUUCGAAGUGGUGGGGGCCCAGCUGACCCAGAACGACGUGGAAGUGCUCUCCUUCCUGCUGGAGGAGACGCAGCCCUGGCACCACCCCCUGGACCCAGAGCUCUGGGUGGUGGCAGCCUCGGAAGAGGGGGCCGCAGAGACGGCCUCGCCCGCCCUGCAGGGCUGGAGGAAGAAGCAGCAGCAGGAGGGGGGCUCAGCCUGGACGGAAGGCAGCCUCGAGGGGUCCAGGGGGCUGCCCAAGGAUGGUGUCCGGCUUCUCCUGGAGCUCGAGCGGAGGGGCAAGUGCGACGAGACCAACUUUGUGCAGCUGCUGCAGCUCCUGCGGGUGCUCACCAGGCACGACCUCCUGCCCUACGUCACUCUGAAAAGGCAGCGGACAGUUUCUCCUGAGAGAUACACUUACGGGCCGUCUGUCCUGUCGUCCGACCAGCAGGUGGACAACUGUCUCAAUUCAGCCUCUGCAGAGCCUCAGAGCGAUCAGUGGGAGGCAGGCUCCAGUUCCAGCAAAAGGAAACGAGUCAGCAGAGGCCGGGCAAAGUCUGCUACUCCCCGCAGGCGUCGGGGAGCCAAAGGGCCUUCUGCUCCCAAGCAGGAGGUCCAAACUCCAACCAAAGUGACUUGUGGUAAGUGUCUGCCUGGCCCGUGCUGUGUGCUCUUAGGGCUCCCUCGAGUCCUUCCAAAUAAUAUGCCAUGAGCAUCUUGGGUCUCUGUUAAGGGAAUGGAGUCCUAAGGGUGACUGGAGCCAAAGUGGGGGGUGGGGGUGGAGGAGGUGGCAGCCCGGUGCACAUCGCUGCCAGGAAAGGCUCCAGUGGCAGGCCAGGGAACGUGGUGGCGGGCUUGCAUUGUUAGGUGCAGCUGGACACCACAGGGCUCCAGUCCACUGGGAGUAUGGGGAUUUUAGUCCCACUCUUUGGGGCUAAGUUAUCUUCUAUUCCUAGUUGAUUUGACUGGUUUCUAUGGUUCCUAUUUUCAAAUGACCACAAUGGUGAAUUUUCUAACUCGCCCAUGAUGAUAGAGAACUAAAUCAGAAAAAAAAUUGUCCCGGGUGUAUUGCAUGAAACCAACAGCUUUAUGAACAUGGGAAAGGGUGCCUUCAGGUUGCUAAACCCUUAGCAUCAGUUGCUGGGAAAACUGGGAGCUUUUAAUUCAGUGCCCUAAGGUGCUUAAAGAACUGGUCUUGGAGAGAGACAGCCUUCGCUGCUUUGAGGUCCUUUUCUAUGUAAAUUGGAGUCGGCUCAAGGUGGCGGAUCUGAUAUAUAUUAUAUAUUAUAUAUAUAUUUCGAGCGCUUCUACCCUGCCCUUCUCAACCCCCUAGGGGGGACUCAGGGCGGCUUACAAAAGGCACAAUUCAAUGCCUAACAAUUCACAAAAUACAAUAUAACAACAACAAUUAUAAAUACUUAAAACAAUCAAAUUAAUACCAUAGCAGCAAUAAAAUCAUCUUGUGGUCAACGUUCGCCAAUUCAUAAAUCCAUAGAUCUGGUUCUCUUCUCGCCAUCUCCCAUUUUUCUGGUUCGGUAAUUUCAGAUUAAAAAUUAUUCCAACAAUUGAAUGGAAGAGAAUCCCAAUUAAAUCAAGAAUUCUAAAGAAAUGGGUCCUGAGUAGGGAGCAUAACAAGGUGUGAAGAUGCUUCCUCUGCUUCAGAUAAAGAUAGUUAACUAGAAAAAGACUCAAGUACAAAUUGAGCUGCUUUUGAAAAGAGAGAUUUGGAGUCAUUGUGCCAGAAGCACCAUGUGCCACAGCGGUUUCUUGGGUGUUAUGCAAGUGGCAAUGAAACGUGCAUAUAGUCAAGCUGUGGCCAUGUGGCUGCAGUAUCCCGUGUAUCCUUCAGCGUAGUCUGGAGGCUCACCGCCAUGUUGGUACUGUAGGGUUUUAUCACUGGCCCUCUUAAAGUGGAUUUUUCUCACAAUUUGGUCCAUCGUACCAACUUCUGGAACUGGACUUUGUUUAAAGGUCCAAGUCUUUGAAGGAUUUUGGCCUGCCUAGUUAAAUUAUAUUCAGAUUUCUGGCUUGAUUUCCGCCUCGUGUCUGUCUCAAAGACCAGCAUCUGUCAUUUAUUCCUGCAUUGCUAGGCCUUUUCGCCAUGUAUUUCCUGAACAGAGAGAAACUGUGAAAUCUGCUUGCAGACUGUCAUGUGAGACGGUCCACACGUGGUUCUUACAGUUUCCUAAACUUGGGGGUGCUUUUUGUUUUCCAUGGACUGUUAUUGGAAGUGGUCCGUGGCGAGGAGGUGGGUGCCCAGGGCCAGCCAAUGUGCUGCUUUCUUUGUCUCAGUGCAAUGCAAAUGAAACCAAAGCGAAUACACAAAAACGCUUGUCUUACCGUCUGACCAAUUUACAGGCAAAGGGGUUCUAACGAAGAAGGUUCAAAAAUAAUACAAUGAGUGUCAAAACUGCAACUUCAAGGUGCAGCUAAGGCUUCUGCCGGGUAGGUGCAAGGAUCAAACUGUAAGCUCCAUUCCACACUAGAUUGUUGCCUGUAUUCCUUGUCCUAUUCCCUUGCUUCCCUGGGGCAGAACCGGAGGCUCAUGGGGCGUAGGCAGCUGCUUUCCCGUCAUGGGCUCCGCGUCCAGCCAUGGCCCUGAGCGGCGGCGGGGAGGGGGCCGGCUCCCAUCUGCCUCCCAGAUCGCAGUCUCACCCUGCAUAAAAGCUAGGCCUUGGCUACUAAGGGGGAAAACAUCCACGCCCACAAAUGGUUUUUUGUUGCUGCUUGCUUUCUGCCAAUUCUUUCUCAAUCCACCAUUUAAAUUCCAGGUUGCUAAGCAAAAGUUGAUGAUAAAGAGACUCUGUCUCUCUUGUGCACUCUUCUCACAGAAUGGUCUCGCAAAGGUAAAUGAAUCCAUGCACCCAGAUUUCCACCACUUCUUUGUGAAGCAAACUGUUUUAACUCUGUGCUGCGUUGCCUCAUUCCGGAGCAGGCCCAGGCGCCUUCCUUCCUUCCCCGUCUCUCUCCUGCAUGCCGGCCGAGUGGCGCUCCAGAGGUUCCUGGGGGCAGGGGGGCCGCCCCACACCGGCACGGCGGGGGGCUUGUGCCGCAAACCUCCAGCAGGGCCCAAUGGGAGCAGGCGGGGGGCACGCAGCUCCAAGGAGGGGCCGCCAGCGCUGUUCCUGCCCAGGGAAGGCCUUGCUCAUUACCCUCCCUUAGUAGGAGGGCUCCCCUCGGCUGUGCAGGCGGAGCUGCUGCCACUGCUGCAGAUAUCAGGCCAUGAUAUGUGUUGGGCUCUUUUCAUAAUAAUCUAUACUGCCAGGGGCAGAACUAGGCACUUCAGAUGCUGUUGUUGGUUUUCUCGUGGCCAGUCAAAGCCUAACUGGCAGAUGCCCAUCUAAGCAGUUAAUAGUCCUGAGAAUGGCCACCUUCCUUGACCCUAAACACAAUAGUCAUGCUGCAAUUCCAUGUCCAGUAAACCCAUGGUGAGGUGGAAUGCAGCCCUGUGUUGGUCUCGGUGCCACUUGGUGCCACUCCAGGGAGCAUUCUCUCUGCUGCCUCCUCACAGCCCGCCUUUCUAUGCGCUCGGUCUGGUAUCUGCAGCAGCCAAAGCCCAGAAGGAAGACAGGGCAGGGCCUUUGCACCACUUUGUAUCUUUCUGCCAUAUUGAAAUGCAGAAUGGUUUCUUGAGAUGGCCAUAUGCUGAAAGUCUUGAAACGCCUUCCUCUCACUCAACAGUUGGCAUCCAUCCCUGGAAAAGCAUAAGUAUUGGCCCAGGCAAGUGGGCCAAGUACCAGACAGUGGCAAAAACACCCAAACAAACUAAAAGCAAAGCCUAAAAGUGCUCCUCAUGAUUAUUGCUUCUGCCUCCUCUAUGCUUCUCUUAUUAUAUUAGAAGCAGCCCUGCAUCUGGACACUCGGCCUUGGGCUCUGGGACUGCUUGCCUUCAGCACAAGGGGUGGGUGGGUGGGGGGUGGCUUGUUCUGAUGGGUUUUGCUGCUCUGUGAGUUAAAUCUUUGUGUCAAGUGAACGGGGUGGGGUAGAAUUGUGCUCUAAAAACCAGAAAUUGUGGGUCCCUUUUGUGGAAACUGCUGUUUUAAUAUCUCCUUACUUUUUACCAAAUCCUCUCAUUUUGGUUUGUAAAAAAUGCUCAGCCUGUGUUACGGGGAUUGCAUGGAUGAUGAGGUGACAGGCCUCAUUCUCUGGAAACAUCCUACUUGUGUUGUAAUGCAGAUGAGGUUUCUUUUUGGGGCUUGCUUCUGAUUCCAAACUCGGGGAAAUCCCUUUUGGGAAGAGCCUCUCACGGGGGUCUUGCUGACCUGUUUUCAGGCUGCCUGCAUUUGCAAAUAAGGUGACCGCAGUAGGAUUGUUUCACUGGAACUGAGGCCUGGAAGUGCAUUUGGGGGUGGGGGGUGAGGGUCAGUGGUCUUUCUACUGCUGCCACUGCUGCUGUUCUUACCAAUGUUGGCCCCAUUUCUCAUCUGAUGUAGCUGCUCAAGGCGGGCAUGAGUGCUGCCGGGGGAAGGCCACGAAACUGCUUCCCAUUUUGUACACAACAGUUGUGCAGAAACCCUUUCCUGACAACCUUCUGGUUGACGUGCUCCCAAUGUGUUUUGACACAAAAUCCGAGCUCACUCCCUGCAGUCUUGCCCGAUCUUGAGUGGGGAAAUGUUUCCAGUUGCUUCCGAGCCACACUGGUGGGUGGCACAAGGAGUGCCAGUGUGUUAAUGCCAACUCUGACAGCUGUGGUAUCACCACACUGUUGAUACAGGAAGGUGGGUGAGCUCUUCUGUUCUCUCGAAGCCCAGUAAAAUUACGGGGGUCAGCUGCCUGUACAUGAAUUGAAUUCAGUGCCAAUCAAAGAGGAAGCUCUCAACUGUGUGGCAUGUAGCCAGGUGGUUGGGUGGGCCUGUGAGCACGGUCUUCAGCAGCUCACAAGCCCACCUGAGCAUGGGCCCAGCAGCUAGACUCCUUGGCCAGGUGGCCCCAUAGGCGUCUCUGCCCUAAACAAGAGGCUCCCCACACUUGGGCUUUUUCUCUCUUGUGUGGGUGGCAGUGCUCCUAAAAGAAGCACCUCAUCCUUCUUUGCCUGGACUGCCUUGCUGUCCUUUCCUGGCCACUCUGCCAUGGAAUAGAAAACCCGAAUGGCAGCCUUUCUGUUGCCUACCUGGAAAGACAGUGUUUCCAGGGGUCUAGGCCCAGCGCUUAGUGCCUGGGGUGCUGCCCCUUGGGCCAGCCGGGGAGGGGGACGGGCUCAAGACCCUUCAAUGUUGCUGGUACAGGGCUGUGACUACUGCACUCUUGAGUUAAUGCUUCUACAGGUGAUGACCACAAGAAACAGAGAAAUUAAACCUGGCGGCCUUGUUGAGCGUAUGUAACAUACCACCUGCCUCACUUUUUCAAUGUCUCCUGCUUUGUAUUUGUUCCAUUUCUCCCUCCCUUUUGAACCUUUCAAAAUUUCGACUGUGAUGCUGAUACAUUUUGGGCCUCUGAAACAAAACCCAUCUGCCCUCCUGCUUCCACUCUCCAUAGUUACAUCUGAACUUCACU